ACGCGCCAAUGCCAUGGCCAUGUGUCGGUGAAGCUUCCUUUUGACAGCAUCGCGAAUUUUCCCUCUUCUUUUUUCCACCAAUUAAUUGUUAAUUUAUUUAUAUUAAUUUUCAAUUCACACGCCACCAAUUUUGGCCGGAAGCAGCUGGAAGACGAAGAAGAACCCCUCUCAGCUUCUUCCUCUUCUUUAAUCAAAUUCCUCAGCUUUCCUUCCCAGCACAACCCCUUCUUUCAUUCAUCCCUCGAACAAGCUCGGCCGGCCCGAUCCGAGGUUCUUGUCAAGGGAGCUGUUGUGUUUGCAAGAGAGAAAUUCUGCAGUUACGGGGAUUAGUAUCAGAGUGAGCCUUUCUGUUUCAGUGUAUUCGGGCAAAAAGGGACUUGGUCGGUGCGAAACAAACUACCAAGUGUUCGAAGAUAGGAUAAUUUUCUUGGCAAGUUAAGGAAUUUUCAUUUGCUUCUCAACUCUAUGAAGCUGCAGAUGUUUGUUGAUACUUCUUAGUUAAAUUUCUGAGUUUCAUUUUGGAGAAGCAAUCCUCUCUUAUGGGUUGAUCUUAGCACGGUUAAGGUCGAGCUUUAUUGUUUUGAUUGAGGACGCGCUCAAAAUUUACGGCUUGAGAGCUGAGGAGAAGAUAGAUCUACGUAGCUUGGGAUUUCCAAUGGACCAUACUGCCACGGGAGAUAGAGAUUUCGAUGUUGAUCUUGAAAGUGGUAGGAUAGUUGACAAAAAUGAAAAUGAAGCUAUCGUGUAUAUAAACCUGAUGAACCCUAAAGAAGUUGAGGACCCGAUAUUGCUAACGCCCGAGAGAGUCGGGGGUUGUAAAACUCCGGGCAGUGCUGAGAAGAAGGAAGCUUCUAAGGAGAAACGUAAGAAGUCAAGCAACAAGAAGCCGCCAAGGCCUCCUCGGCCACCGCGUUGCCCAUCGCUUGACGCUGCUGAUCAGAAGCUGAUGAGAGAGAUCACUGAGCUCGCCAUGCUGAAGCGGGCAAGGAUCGAGAGGAUGAAGGCCCUGAAGAAGGCCAAGAAUUGCAAGGCUUCCUCUUUCUCAAGCAAUACGGUUCUUGCCCUGGUCUUCACAGUCAUAUUCUUCAUCGUAGUUAUAUUUCAAGGAGUGUCUCCAAAGGCGGAAUCCCCUUUGAUGAGCUUGGAAGGGCCUUCGCCUGAGUCAGCAGGAGGGUUGAUCUCAGUACAGUAUCACCUGAGCUCAUCUGUAAAUUUUGUGAAUCCACCUACAGAUGCUUCCCACAGUUUGGUACAGAAGGUAGCUGUUUCGGAUGCACAUGAAGAGCCAGCAGGUACAGUUGCGGGAUGACUUGUUAGGCACCAGAGGAGAUAAAUAAGAAGUUCGACUUGAGGAGAUUUUUAUGAUUUUCCCUUUGUCAUUCUUUUUUUUUAAAUUUUUUCCUUCUUUUUGGGAGUUCCCUGUGCAGACUCGUUACAGUUUUCCUUUGGUCCAUGUACAUGUGGAAUUUUGGGUUGAGUCAAGCAUGCCGGGUACAUUAUCCUCUCAUGUAAUACAACUAAGAACCUCGAAGGGCUGUAAGUUAUCCUGCUGCAGAGGUACUAUAUGUUAUUAGGUGUAUCCUGUUGAGAAAUGAGUUGCCUCAGCAGCUUGAUUAUCUCAAGCAAAAGCUCAUGUGCCUGAGUGCUUGUUAACGUACAGCUUAUUUAUUUAAGGUAGAAUAUAAAUUAUGUCUUUCUCAGGCUUGUCAA